AUGAGGACGGCCGUCCUGUUCGGCCGUUUCUGUCUUAAGCGCGGUCUUCCGCGUCUACCUCGACACCAUUUCGGUCGCCCGCCAUGGCCUCGGCAAUUAACCAAGGGCACCCCGCGCCGGGGUCCCAUCAUAGGAGGGCUGUUUAUGACUGCCCUGGCUCCAGCUGCAUUCUUGAAGCUGGCAGAGGAUAAUGAUGGCCAAGGCAAAACCGCCGAGAUGCAGAUGCUAGAGGCCUCGCGCGAAGAGGUCCGGAAGACCGUCUCACCUGACGCGCAAGGCCUCUCCAAGCUCUGCCAGACAGUAUGGGUCUACUUCUACUAUUACGUCUAUGAUCCUAUUGCCACAGGACUUCGAUUUAUGCACCUUGCUGUCAUUUUCAUACCGGUCGUUGUCGCGGUGCCGGCUAUUUGGAUUGGACGGAAAGUCCAAGAUCAUGACAGUGCCCGGACUGGCACUCUGUGGUGGUACCGCUUCUUGGUGAAGGCUAUGGAGCGGGCUGGGCCUGCAUUUAUCAAGCUUGGGCAAUGGGCCGCAUCACGAACAGAUAUCUUCCCUCCUGAAAUGUGCAACAUCAUGUCUUCUCUACAUUCGAACGCGCCCGCUCACUCACUCUGGCAAACGAAACGAAUUAUACGCAGGGCAUUCAAUGGACUACCGUUUGAGGAUAUUUUUGAGGAAUUCCAGGAGGAGCCUCUUGGGGUUGGUGCUAUUGCGCAAGUCUACAAAGCCAAGCUGAAGCCAAGCCUGGCUGCGUCCAGCGACGAAGAAAUGGGCAUUGAACCGGAAACGCUGAGCGAGAAGGUUCGGAAGAACGUCGAUGUGCUGGUCAAGAGUUCACCGCAGAGAGUGCCAUCCUCAUAUGUAGCAAUCAAGGUGCUGCACCCCCGGGUUGAGCAGAUGAUUCACAGAGACUUGAAGAUCAUGUCGUUCUUCGCAUCGAUGAUCAAUGCUAUUCCCACAAUGCACUGGCUUUCCUUCCCGGACGAGGUCCAACAGUUCGGGGAAAUGAUGAAGCUCCAGCUGGACCUCCGGAUCGAAGCUACCAACCUGGUCAUGUUCCGCCAGAAGUUCAAGUCUCGUACCACCGCCUGGUUCCCGUAUCCAUAUCUGGAGUACACCACUCGCGAGGUACUGGUCGAAGAGUUUGCCCAAGGCAUCCCGUUGGCUACCUUCUUGGAUAUCGGGGGAGGCGUGUAUCAGCACGAUAUUGCCAACGAAGGCCUAGAUGCUUUUUUGCAUAUGCUCCUCAUUGACAACUUCGUCCAUGCCGACCUUCACCCAGGAAACAUCAUGGUGCGAUUUUACAAACCUAGCGAGCUGGACCUUUCCCUCCGCAAACAUUCUCGUGCAUUUGAUGCUCCAACACGGGCUGAAGUUGAUGUGACGGAGGCAGUUCUCAAACGCUUACGCCCGCACUCUCAUAACCGCGAUGAUUGGAACGCUGCCCUCUCCGAGCUAAACGACGAGGGGUAUCGGCCGCAGCUUAUUUUCAUUGACACUGGGCUAGUCACCCAAUUGAAUGACCUUAACCGACGGAAUUUUUUGGAUUUGUUCCGGGCUAUUGCUGAAUUCGACGGCUAUCGGGCUGGUCAGCUCAUGGUUGAGCGAUGCCGGACACCAGAAGAGGUACUCGACCCGGAAGUAUUUGCGCUGAAAAUGCAGCACCUAGUUCUGAGUAUCAAGUCAAGAACCUUCGCUCUGGGAAGUGUCAAGAUUGGCGACGUUCUCAGUGAAGUUUUAACCAUGGUCCGGGGUCACCAUGUACGGUUUGAAGGAGACUUUGUCAAUGUCGUUAUUUCUUGUCUUCUUCUUGAAGGCAUCGGACGCAGUCUCAACCCCGACCUAGAUCUGUUUAAGAGCGCGCUUCCUAUUCUACGACAGCUGGGAUCUGGCAGUACAUUCUUGCAGACUGUUCGCUCGGGUGACACUUCGAUGCUUCGGGUUUGGUUCGGCUUAGAAGCUCGUGGGUUGCUGCAGGCCAGCAUCGAGAGUGUAGAACACUGCGUCAAAUACGACCAACUCUCGCCUAAUAUAUGA